AUGAAGAAAACAUUAACAAGAUCAAAAACCUAUGAUGGUGACCUGACUAAAAUGGACAAGCGUUUGACGCGACAAACAACGCUUGCUUCAUUUGGUCACCCACCGGAAUUUGAUUAUAAACGUGAUGCAAAACACUUAGUAAAAAUCUUAAAACAGUGUGUUACAGCCCAUAUAUUAGAUUUAGAUUCUAUUCUUCAUUUUUUAUCAACAUAUAAUUGUGAACAACGUAUGCUAAUUGUUCAAAAUCUUGAAUAUGAAUACAACUACAAUCUAGUUGAUAUGGUACUUGAACGUCCAGAAUCACCUAUACGUUCAUGUGUAUUAGCAAUGUUAACUGAACCAAUUGAAUUAUAUGUUCGUCAUUUUCAUGAUUUACUUACAUUAAAAUUAACUGGUAAAAUUGAUGGUGAUAUAACAAGAUUAUUAAUCGAAAUAUUAUUAGGAUUAAGUAAUAUGGAUAUUGAGAAAUUUCAAGAAUCAUAUAAAAAUUUAUUUGAAAAUUCAAUUGAUAAAGAUAUUGAAAUAGUUCUUGGUGAAAAAAAUCUUCUAUCAAAAUUAAUUAUUCAUUUACUUAAAGGUAAACGUUAUGAAGAAUCUGGUAAUUCACCAUCAAUAGCAAAAAUGAUUGCAAAAAAUUUUCAUGAUGUUACUUCAGAUGUUACAACAAUUGAUGACAAUACAAUUAUAGAUAUAUUUACAUGUGAUUCAUUUUCACAAUUAUCAACUAUAUUUGAUAUCUAUGAAGAUAAAUAUGGUGAACCUAUACAAGAAGCAAUUCAACGUCAAUUUCAUAAUCAAAUAGAAAUCGAAUGUUUUGAUGAUAUUAUAGAAUUUACACGAUCACCAAGUGGUUAUUAUUCGAAAUCAUUACGACAAGCAUUGGAAAAAUAUCCAAUUGAUUAUAUGACAUUAAUUCGAUUUAUUAUUGGACAUGUUGAUAAAGAUUUAGAUGAAAUUAAAUUAGAAUAUUUAAAAAAUUAUGAUGAACCACUUGAUGUAACAAUUAAAACACGUCUUGAUAAUUUAGAAAUAAAACGUACAUUUAUAUUGAUAAUUACAAAAGAAGAAGAUAUAACAGCAAAUGUCGGUGGACCAGUUCGAUUUGAUAAUAGUAAUAAUAGCAGUUCAAUUGGUUCAGGACUAAAUAGAAUGACGACAAAAAAAACAUCAACAACGACACCACCAACAACACCGCCAGCAUCAACAACAGCAUCGAAUAAAAGUUUAUUUGGAAGAAAGAUCUCACAUGAAACAUUCGAUAAAUUUUUUAAUGUAUUUAAAACAAUACGCACACAUAAAGCAGAUUAA